UUUUUUAACAUCUCCAAGUUGAACUUAUAGAUUCAUUUGAAUGAUUCCGGGGGGGCUAAACUACGCCAAUAAUGAUUUUAAUCUGGUGAUUCUUGGCCAUUUCCAGCCUUUUAUGCAUUAACGCCUAUUACAACCGCUAUCUAUUAUUCACCGAGGAUAUACAUAGCGAAAAGUAAUAUAUAACUCCCGAUCAUGGCUGCAACACCCGUCCCCACCGCUCUAGGCGCCUACCGCCUCCUCCUCCGGGCAACUCGCAUUGCCUUCCACGGUGACUUUACAACCCUCCAUGCUGCUCGCGCUGAAGCGCGAAAACAGUUCGACCAACACCGCGAACUGGGUGUGGAUACACCCAUGCGCAUCCAGCAUGCAGUCGAGACGGCAGAGAUAUUGAGGACGAAUGUUGUGCAGGGGAUUAAAGUUUCUGAUGCUGGGGAGGAUACGGAUCGAUAUGAAUUGCGAAUCCACGAACACAUCGAGCGCGGUGAUAAUGAUACCAUUAAGACGGCGGGGAAAAAUAAGAAAGUUAAGGUCGCGGUUGGGAAGACGUGUUCGAACACGCAGUCGUAAGAACCGGUGGCCUAAUACAUAAAUAUGAGUUACGGAUGUUAAUCGAGGGAGGAACUCGGAAGAAUCCCUGAUACAUAGUCACACCGGGCGUGGUCUUGGACGGCAGGCAAGGUAUUUCUGGAAACGAGAUGUAUGUCACUGGGCCUUUGACUGAUGGGAGUUUGGAGGUUGGAUAUACCCUAAUCAUGAUACAGAUACGGUGGGGAUGGCCGAGAUUUUUGUACACUAAUUUUUGAGGGUAUCUGUCUGUUACAUUUGAGCGAGAGUGCGAUGUGUAAGAUAUGCAUAGAAAAACGACAACGGCACCCGCUUGUAUAUAAUUUACACAAAAAGGAAAAGAUUACACAUUUCCCAUGAUCCCAAAAUCCAACCGAUGAAAGCAAGAAAAGUAUUGACAAACGCCAAAUAACCCAUGAAAAGCCGCUCAUAGUGAUAUCAAUCGCCCGCCAAACUAGCAUACUGCACAUCCCCACUCCCCGG